GUGACGCCUCUGUUUAAACUCGCUUUAUCUAAGUGAAAAAAGUGAUGGUAUCUUCUGAAAAACCUCUUGUCCUUUCCAAGACUUUUUGGCUGGUUGUCCUUCAGGUCCUUGUAAUUUGUUGCAGUGGGGUGCAAGAGGCGCAAAUAUUCCUAAACUGUGGAGCGCCGUUUCGAAGAAAUCUGAUUUAUGAUUACGUGGCUGAACAAACUUUUGUUUUUACGUGUUUGUAUUGCACGUGUUUAAUGGCAUGGAUAGGUUUGUGCAAAAAGAAGGGUGCCACUUACUUUGUGUUUAUCGCGCUGAUCUUGACCACCCUUUGCGUCAUGCACUGGGUGGAUAUCUUGAUGGCGACCGUCUUUUUCUCUUCAAUGACCGAGAAGAACAUCGAGGCCCAUCUAAUGGGAAUGUAUAAAGUUUAUGGUGACAUAUUCUCUUACAAGAGCCUCAGAGUGAAUCGGCUGCAGUCCUGUCUAAAAUGUUGCGGCGUGAAAGGACCACAUGGGGAGGAAGUUUUGUAUUUACGUGGUGCUGAUAAUUUCGCCGUAUGGGACAUGACCAUAAUACCCAGUUGUUGUCCUAGGAACAGCAAGGAUUGCACUUCAUCCAUUGCCUACCAAAAGGGAUGUGUAUCGGCCAUUCUCUCAGAGACAGUCAACGAUCAUCUGCUCUACGUAAGAUUUGGCAUUUUAAAUGGGAUCCUGCAAAUUAUCACAAGCCGGGUAGUUUUGUAUGGAUUUGUAGUGUAAGCUUUUUUUGUUAAAUU